AUGAAAGCAUUCUUUUGGAACACAAGAUCUGUGAAUACUCAGAAUGCUUUUCAUAGAGUUCAGAUGUUGCAUAGACAUCAUAAAUUAUUCUUGAUAGCAUUCAUGGAGCCUUUUCAAGAUUCUAGACACAUUGACAAAUAUAAAAAGAGAUUGGGUAUGCAGGUGGCUGGCUUUAACUGCAAUGGGAAAAUAUGGUUUUUUGUUAAAGAUGGCAUUGAGGUGGAAGUAUUGAUGAACUCUGAUCAACAGGUUACUCUCAAGCUUACUUUCCUAGACAGUGGCAAAAUAUUAAUUACUACCUUAGUUUAUGCAAAGUGUGAUGCUGUGGAUAGAUUGGAACUAUGGCAUAAUAUCUAUUCUCUAUCAAGCAGCAUGAAUUCUCCGUGGUUGGUAGGUGGAAAUUUCAAUGUAAUUUUACAUGAAGAAGAGAAUAUAGGUGGAUUACCUGUUCACCAAACUGAGGUUGAGGAUUUUGCAUUUUGCAAAAAUUCUUGUGACCGGCAGGAUAUUGAUUUUAGGGGCAGUCCUUUUACUUGGCGGAAUGGUAGAGCUGAGGAAGAUUGCAUAUUCAGAAGAUUGGAUAGGAUUUUAGUCAAUAAUUAA